GUGGACAGUCCAGUGGGUCCAGCCCAACCCAGGCUGAGCUCUCUGUCACACAGCUGGCCUUUCUCCCUCUCCCAAGAUGUUGUUUUGGCACAACCAGCCAGAUCACCUGUGGCCCAGUCCCGGGGAACUGUACCCAGGGCCACCAAGUGGCUUGCUCAGAAGGUCUGGCUGAGAGCAGCAGAGCCCCAUAGGGAAUGAGGUGGACGGGGCAGAAAGCCACCAAUGCUCUCCUGUUCCCGGCAGGGAGUCCCUGCCCUUGCCAUACCUGAAGCAGGAAGAGCUGCACAACAUCCCCAGCUCUGAGCCUCCCUGCCCCACAUUCGAGUACGUGCUCUGUGCAGCCACGUCCCCAGCUGUGAAGCAGCAGGAAGAGACCCUCACCUACUUGAACCAGGGCCAGUCCUAUGAGGUGCGGAUGCUCUGCAGUCCCAAGCUGAGUGAUGCCACCCAGUGGGCCCGGCUCUUGAAGAGUGUGGUACGUGUGGUUUUCCAUGACCGACGCCUGCAGUACACAGAGCAGCAACAGCUGGAUGGGUGGAGGUGGAGCCGGCCAGGGGACCGCAUCCUGGACAUCGAUGUGCCGCUGUCUGUGGGAGUGAUAGAACCCCGAGUGCUGCCCUCACAACUCAACAUGGUGGAGUUUAAUUGGGACCCAACCAAGAGGACCUCCCUCUUUUUGCAAGUUCACUGUAUCAGCACUGAGUUCACUCCUCGGAAAAAAGGUGGGGAGAAAGGCGUCCCCUUCCGCCUCCAGAUUGACACUUUCAAGCCCAGGGACAAGGAACUUCCCCCUGAGCACCUGCACUCAGCUGGCUGCCUCAUCAAGGUGUUCAAGCCCAAAGGAGCUGACCGCAAACUGAAAACGGACCGGGAGAAGAUAGAGAAGCAGCCCCUGCAGGAGAGAGACAAGUAUCAGGCCGCCUGUGAGAGGACGGUGUUUGUGCAGUGCUCGCCGUGGCCGGACCCCGGCACUGGGCCCUACUCGCCUCUCAGCCCUCUUGCUCUGACCUCUCCCCACUCCUGCAAGCUCCUGUCCCCGGAGAGGCUCUGCUCCUCCCCACCGUUCGCCUUGGACGCCUUGGGGGGCAGCCCGGCUGAGGAUCUGAACCCUGGAGCCUCCAUCCUGGAGACGCAGCAGUGGUUGCACCAGCACCGGUUCUCCAGCUACUGCCGGGUGCUGGCCAAUUUCACUGGCACUGAUCUGCUGAAGCUUACCCGCCAGGACCUUAUCCAGAUCUGCGGGGCUGCCGAUGGGAUCCGCCUUUUCAAUGCUCUUAGAGCCAGACCCAUUCGUCACCGGCUGACUUUGUAUGUGGCGCAGGAGGCCUCAGGGCGAGAGAAUGAGGUUCCUAAGAACCAUGACUCAGGCUUUUAUCAAGAGAUCCCUCUAGAUGAACUCAGUGCUGUGGAGCUGAUGGGGAAACUGGCUGAGCUCUUGGCCCUCCCAGCCAAUCAGAUCCACCACCUCUUCCACCAGGGCCCUGGGGGCAUCCUCAUUCUCCUCAGCGACCAGGUGGUUCAGAAUCUCAAGGAUGAAUCAUACUUUGUGGCUGUGGUUAAAAAAGGUAGGGGUUUUAGAGAGAAUUGUGUCUGGCAGAACCUAGAAAGAUUAAGAUUCCUCGAAGGUAUGUAUAUGCUGGCAGUGGGGUGCAGUGUGUGCUGUGUCCCAAUCAACUAGUAAACAUCUGAGUGCCAGCUUUGUUGAUGUCAAAGGGACAGAUUCAUAUAGCUGCAAGGCAACUAUUUACUGCUCAGGAAGAAAACCCUGAAUAAAUGCAUCUUCACGAGGGAAGAAAUGUUCCAGUUUCUAUGUCUGGGGAUUUAUUAUUUUUUUUAAAAGAUUUUUAUUUAUUCAUGAGAGACACAGAGAGAGAGAGACAGAGACACAGGCAGAGGGAGAAGCAGGCUCCAUGCAGGGAGCCUGAUGCGGAACUCGAUCCGGG